AUGGGGCUGCUGGAGCUGCGAAUUGCCAUGGAAGGUCUUUAUCGUCAUGAGAAACUGAGACAGAUGCUCAACUUGCUCGUGCCAUUCAAAUUAGUGGAUCCCAAUGUAACGUUUUUCAAACGUUCUCCUGGAUCCAAUCUUAUCGCUGAAAUAUCCAAUAUUGAAGAAUGUGUGGUCUUCUCCGAAGAACUUCCCCGAGUUCAUAGUAAGCACUUCGACUUUGUCUUCGUCACGGCUUGA